AUGACAGCCACUGAGGGGUCAGAAAGUGGGAUAAUGAGUCUUCUAUACUGCAUGGAGUCUGAUCUCCCAGAGACCCCAAUCACCUCACUUAUAAAAGGCUUCUACAAUUCGUUCCUUCAUGACUUGAAAAAUCAUCCUCUUUUUCUCUUCAAAAACGUUCAAUCAUUGACACUACUUCUUAACCGCCGUCCCUUCAUCAUGUCUGUCCAGGACAAUGCUAGAUUCGACUUCAUUGUCGUUGGUGGUGGCACUGCUGGCAACGUCGUUGCCGGCCGCCUGGCUGAGAACCCCAAUGCUAAGAUCUUAGUUGUUGAAGCUGGUGUUGCCAACUCGAAAGACAUCGAAGAGAUCAGAACCCCUUCGAAUGCUAUGGAGCUCCGUGAUAGCCAGUAUGACUGGGCCUACAAGUCAACUAUAGUCAAGCGAGACGACUAUGAACGCAUUAAGAAGCCCAACACCCGCGGCAAGGCCCUUUGUGGUAGUUCGUCCCUGAACUAUUUCACCUGGGUGCCUGGAUCUAAGGGUACCUUUGAUAUGUGGGAGGAGUACGGUGGGAAGGAAUGGACUUGGGACCCUCUCCUUCCCUACCUGCGAAAGAGUGUGACCUACCAUGACGAUUAG